UUCGCAUUUGCAGGAUGGCCGUCAAGCUGCCGCUGCCCGCCAACUUUUUCCAAUGUCCACCGUUAACUCCAUUCGAAGUGGACCAUCUACAGCAGCAAGCCCUCCAAAGUGCCAUGGAUGUGGUGCGCAAGACUCAACUCCUGGGGGGUAAAGUCAAGUGGGCACUUCGAUCUGAUGAAGUGGACCUCAAGAUCUACAAGGGCGAUGACCCGAACGCUAUGCCUGGCUCGUACUUGUACAUGGGGGUGAUGGAAGUCGUGGGCACACUGGACGAAGUGAUCGAGUUGUUUCAGACGCGAACCACCGAACAAGCGAAAGAGCACAUGCGCCGCUUCGGCAAGCAGCUCGUGGACGCCGUCAAGCUGUAUUCAUUGGUCGAACCGUCGCCGGAAUCUCCUGGCGAACUCAUCGGAGUGCACUGGCGCGCGUACAAGAGUCCAUUGUCUCUGUUUGUUGCCAAACGUGAUGCGUGUCUUCUCGAGUGCAACCACGGAUUUGAACUGAACGGCCGUCGGGGGUGGGUGACGUCGCUCAAGUCGAUCAAUCUCACGUCGUGCCCUGAACUCCAGCACCUUCUCGGUCUUAUCCGCUUGCAAAACUAUGGCAGCGGCCACGUCUUCCUCGAGUGCCCAGACCGACCGGGGUACCUUGAGAUGCGGUUCGUGGCGCAGCUCGACUUUCGCGGUGUCUCGUAUGACUACGUGAGCGACUCGAUGCUCAAGCGCCGCGCAUGGGUCAGUGAUAUUAACAUGACCAAACGGUGUCGCAGCCUUCAGGACAUCGACCGCUUUCUCCGCGAAGACCGCCUCGGCCGCGGCGCGUUUCUCACGGCCAAGCAACUCGUGUCUAAGACGAAGCGAGCGCACUGCUUUAUUUGCAACCUGCGCUUUGGAUGGAACCAUGCCAAGUCAAAUUGCUACAAAUGCGGCGAGGUGGUGUGCUCUACGUGCAACCACAACUGGUGCAUUAAGGUUCACGGCGCGAAAACGUACUUAAAGGCGUGUGUACGCUGUGCAUUGGGCGUGGUGGCGAACGGGGACACAUCCAAGCCGCCGCUGUCGACCAUCCAUAGCGGGCGUCCAUAUGGCAGUCGCAGCAGCAGCAGCGACCACAGCAACUUGCUCUACUCGACGAGCCAUCAAAAGCAACUUGCCCACCAACAGAUGUACCCACAGUACCCGCGCACGACCACCGCGAGCGACGACGGCGGGUACAACCACGAAAACCAGUGGGAAUUGGAGGAAAGUUCCCAGUCGGUACCGUCCAACAAUUGGGAAAAUGCCCUCGACACCACCGCCGACGACAACAACCAUUGCAUGACCGAAUACGCGAGCGAACUGUCGUUGACCCCGCGGAGCAUUCGCGUCGUAAGCCCCAAGAAGGAUCGGGAAUUGUUUGCCCAAAACCAGCAGAAUCACCAUCUGGCGUACCCACCACUGUAUCGACCGUCACCGCAACCCCCGUCCACGACGCCCGUCCACAAUGCUGCUGCUGUUGCCAACCCUCGAACGUGUGUGAUUAUGGACGAAGAUGGAGUGUACUUGGAGGAUCAAGGGCGGCAGUGGCGGUAAUAGCGUCGUGCAUACGCUGUCGACGUUGUAACGACGAGGAUGGGCUUGACGUUGGAUGUGUGUGUGUGCUUUGGUCGAUAUUGUAGUGACAAACAACUCGAAGGAAAGUAAUAAAAAAUACAUAUCUUCCGAGCCACGUUUCGUGCCAUGUACGAAGUUUGGGUGGUGCUUGGAAGCAGCA